AUGUUACCACGGACGAUCCUUCUUGAUAUGCAGUGGGAACAUCAUGCGGCCGUUGUCGCAUAUAAACUGUUUUCACAACACACCACAGAGAUAAUAAAGAGAAUCCUGGCGCUAUUUGGGUCCCUUAUAUCCAACACCGUGGAAGAGACCCUUCCUCCUUGUGAUGUAUCCUCUGGAGGGGCUGUUGAAGUACAGCCUCGUAUCUACGAAGGUAUAGUGCCCUCCCUUGUUGGGUUCAAGCUCAAGACCACGAAAUAUCGUCUGAACAAGUAUUUCUGUACAGCUGUUGCGGUCUUGAAUCAGCGAUUAGGCUAUUCCUUCAAGGGCAUUGCGCGGUUACAGACAUCAAAGAAACAGCUUUCUGUACUUAUGAUCGUGCGCCGUCUGCAUCUCUCGGCUCGAAACGGAAAUUUCUAUUCUCCCAGUAAAUACUUGAUGAAAUUGGAUUGA